GGAAGUGAAACAUCUCCACCUGCUCCUGACGCGCUGCGGAAAAGCAGACAAGCGUUCAUACCGAGACCCCAGAAACCGCCUGGGAAAUCAUGAGCAGUUAGCAUUAGCGACCAGGAUGAAACUGAAUCCGGUUUUACUGUAGCCUGGUUAACUAAGAGGGAUUGUCUUGUUUUGUUGCGACUGUCCUCUCGAAAGAAAGACCAAAUCUGUCAGCAGCAUUCUUGCGAAACUUUCAUCAAACAGAAAAUGCCUGUAGUUUCCGGGUGAGAGACCGUAGUAAGGAAAAACACGGUGGAAAGUAUGGACGACUUGGAAUUAAAAUGUCUCGAUGAAGUCUCUGACAACAAUAACGUUGAAAAUGGAGAAAUGUAUGAAGAGGUGAGCCCAGGAAAUGGAACCUGUUCAAGCCACCAUGCAUCAGAUAUCACUGAAGGCAGGCCUCUACUCACAUCUGCACAGGUUGCUGAGAACAAUGGAGAUCACUGUUCUGUGAGAUGUCCUACGUUGCCAGAGACAAAGCCUAGGGUGCUGGAAAGACUGAAAAAGGAGCUGAACGAAACAGUGGUAUGGAAGAUUAAAGUGUGGAUGGCCAUUCUUAUUGCCUUUGUCUUCAUCGUUUCAGUCAUCCUGCUCUUUCUCUUUCUCUGCUCAGAUCAUCAAGAGGAUGUGGAUGAUCAAUAUGAUGCUUCAUCAUUUGUGGUGCCACUCUUCUUCAGGGGCAGUUUUACACUUGCCAACCAGAGUUUUGUGCAAGACUCAACGCCUCAACCCAAUUUGGAUGAUGGUCUACCCAAAAAUCUCCAACAAAAGCUCACGGACAUCUACAAAUCCUCCCAUGCUUUGGAGCGCUACUUCUCCCUUGCCACAAUAAAUACACUGAGAAAUGCUUCUGUUCAGUAUCAACUGCAGUUUAAGAUGCCUUUAGAGCAUGAACAGUUAACACACUAUACUCUGAGCAGAGAAGUGGUGUACCAUGUGCUUUUACAACACCUGCUUGAUCAAGACACUGAGAACUCUCUUUACAUUGAGCCGUCUUCACUCAACAUGGAGGUCGGGAAAUGGAACUGAUCGCCUACACAGUGCUGAUAUGCAGUUUUCUACUCACUCCUGCCUGUGACGAUCAUUUGAGAACUUAUUUCAGGGGAAGUCUCUGCAUGUGUCUCUCCUUGCACUACCAAUCUUUUAGUUUUAAGCCUGUGAAUCACUUCUUACUGGACAUCAGCAGUAAGACAAAGAUUGCAAUUUCUUUAAAGAAGUUCAGAGACUCAUGCAAAAGAAAUAGUUUUUUCCUCACUCUUUUAACAGGGCUGAAUGUCCUACAGCUGUCUUUAACUUUCAGCCCUUCUUUUGUUCCUGGUGUUAACACACUCUAGGCGUCUCUGCAGUUUUGAUAAGCGCAUAAGCAAGCCAAGCAUGUUUAUGUACUUUGAGGGUGUAGCUACUGCCAGUCUUGGGGUUGAGGACUGUACCCAGCUCUUUCAAGUAAAGAACUGCAGUUCAAUACUUGUGCUUGUCUGGCACUUUAAAAUAGUAAAAUUAUAAGCUAUAUAUUAUUUUAGAUUAAAUAACUUUUAUUCCAACACAUAGGCCUAUAUAUUUUUUAUAAGGCAUUUGUAAUACUUACUAGAUGGUGCUUUUGCAUAACUUGGUCCAAUAUCCCAGUAAAGGCCAAAUCAUUUGAUCUGUGCUUCUACAUGUCUCAUGUGUCUUAAUCUGUUUUGACAUUCAAUGUAAUUAACAAUUUAAUGUUUAUUAAUAAACUCUGUCAUGGUUGAUAUAAAAA